AUGGAUAAAAGGGGUUGGGAAUGGGAAGCAACGCUAACUUUCGUUGGGUACAACCGUGGCAGUUGGCACCCACCACAUAUACCCUGUAAUAACGAUAAUGUUUUCACUACCAAGAUCACAAAUGAUACGACAGAAGCGCUCAAUGGUUCGUAUGCAUCACCAUUAUUGUUAACAAAAUAUUGUGAAAGUACCGACCUAUUUGUGAUGAAACUAUUCUGUGAAAAUGAUAAAAAGAAUCAAUUCACGAUGCCAAUAAUCGAAAUUUGA